AUGGUAUAUGAGAGGUGCCUAAUCAUUGCUUUCUUUGUAAGGUUUUCUGUUAUUUUUUUUCUGCGGAUAGCUUCUUUCAAUAAGAUCACAUGUAGGGUUUAUCUGGACUGUGGACGGCUGGAGGUUUUUUGGUCUUUGGUGCCUUUUAUUUUUUUAGUUUGCUUAUGCACUGUUUCCGUUUUUGCUUUGUAUGUCAAUGAUGAGACAAAUCUUGAUCCCUUUAUUGAUGUAAUUGUGGUGGGCCAUCAGUGGUACUGAAGGUAUGAAUUAAUAAGCAGAAAGGCUGAGGUUAUUAAGUGGGAUUCGCGAAUAGUGAGGCGUAGGGCAGGGAGACCUCUUAAUUUCCGAGACUACUCCGAGGUUGAUCGCCCAUUGGUAGUUCCGCAGGGAAAGCCUAUUCGGGUAUUUGUUACAAGGGAUGAUGUUCUUCACAGCUGGGGGUCUCCCCUUCUUUUAAUGAAGAUUGAUGCUAUUCCGGGUCGAUUAAGUCGAGGAAGUUUAGAUUUUAACAUUUGCGGGGUAUUUUCCGGGUUCUGUGUUGAAUUAUGCGGCGCAUAUCAUGCUAUGAUGCCUACUAUAAUUGAAGUAGUUAGGUCAGAGGAUUAUAGGGAGUGGCGUGAUUGAAGAGAAGGGGGUUGUGACUUAGGUGCUCGGUUGAAAGCGUUUGUUGAGUUAAUUAACAUUGCGGUUGAGGGGGAGUGUUUAAAUCACAGAUUGAGGCAUAAAGAUAUAGUUAAUGUAAUUAAGGGGGAUGUAACCCCUCUAUUACGCCUACCCUCGGUUCAAAAGAGGCUAAAAUCUAUAGGAUUUGUUCAUGUUGAUGUAAUGGAGAAGGUAAUAGGGUCUACGAUAAGAUCUAAAAAGUUUGAGGAGCUUGUUUUAGAAAUGAAGAAGGAGCAAGCUGGGCAUGAUUUGGGGAAACAGCUUUUAAGGCGUGGAAGCAAGUAG